CGACCCGCUGCGACAAGGAGGAAACUUCCCAUCAGCUUCAUAUCCAACUGUAUCUUUACCGGAUACUUUGUAGCGCAGAUCGGAUCCGAGAUUAGCCUAAUUCCUCUUUGGAAAUGAAGGACAUAUUCACUCCGGAUUAAAACAGGCGUACUAUUUAUGACUUUUACUCAUUCAUUUUUCAAAAUAACCACCUCCAGUUAAAACUUUUGCGUGCUUCUGCCGGAGUUUUGACACCCACACCAGCACGAUGGCCGACAGCAAGCACCCGCACGUCAUUUUCUGCAACGACUCGCCCAAGAGAGUGUUAGUGUCCGUUAUCAAGACCACGCCGAUCAAACCGAGGAAAGCAGCGGAGGCCCUGACGCCCACCAGUCCCGGUUUCAGCGACUUCAUGGUGUACCCGUGGAAGUGGGGGGAGAACGCCCACAAUGUGACUCUGAGCCCGGGCUCAGUGAGCGGGGCUUCGUCUCCCACCGGGACCCAGACGGCCAGGGAGGCAGACACGGAUACUUCACCGGAGCAGAUCAGGGAUGGCAUCCGCCGAGGGCGUCCCCGGGCUGACACCGUCCGGGAGCUCAUAAGCGAGGGGGAGACUUCAUCCAGCCGCAUUCGCUGCAACAUCUGCAACCGGGUGUUUCCAAGAGAGAAGUCUCUUCAGGCUCAUAAGAGGACACACACAGGAGAGAGGCCCUACCUGUGUGACUACCCAAACUGUGGGAAGGCGUUUGUCCAGAGUGGUCAGUUGAAGACGCACCAGCGGCUGCACACUGGGGAAAAACCCUUUGUCUGCUCAGAGAAAGGAUGUGGCAAUCGGUUCACACAUGCCAACCGUCACUGUCCCAUGCAUCCUUUCUCCCGUCUGAAGAGAGAGGAACCAAAGGAGGGUCAGGGGAAGGCUCAGUCUGUGGAUAACAAGGCUGUGGCAGAGUGGCUGGCAAAAUACUGGCGAACCCGUGAGCAGCGCGCCCCCACAACCACCAAGGUGAAGCCACAGGGCAAGGCAAGAGCAGAGGACCAGGAGCAGCAGGAUCCCAUGGAGUUCCUCCAGUCAGAUGAAGAGAACGGGGAAGAGGAAGAGAUGGCAGAGGAGGAGAAGAGCAGCCAGGGAGGAGCUGCCAAGCGCCGCCUCCAGGAGCAGCGAGAGCGUCUCCACGGAGCUCUGGCUCUCAUUGAGCUGGCCAACAACCUGUCUGCCUGAACACCCACCCAACUUCCCGAUCCUGGACUCCCACUCCCCGCACCUCAUAUCUCCUUCCCCAAACCGCCUUCCUGCAGUAUGUGCUGUAGCUAGAAAAUGUUCAUAAAUGCAGAUCGACGACUAGUUUAGUUAAUUCUAUCAAGUUGUGAAAGGAGACAUUGAGAACGAGCUGAAUUGGCCUGAGAUCAGUGUUAUGCACAGCAUCAUCUAUUCCCCCCCCCUCCCCCUCACAGCACCAGGAAGGCACAAGCUAAAGCACCUUAUUCUGCUUCCAUUUUAUCCUUUUAGGCUGCUAUAAUUGUAGAUUUAACUAUAUGAAGAAUGUCUUUCUUUCUCCUGUCUUCUAAAGGCAAAGAAAGAGUACCUAUUAUUUUUAAUUUUUGUUUGCACUUUGAUGGUAACGAGUUUUUUUGAGUGUAUUUGUGAGUGUAACAGAGUGUGUAUGACUGAUGUAUAUAUGGAUUAAGCUCAGAUGGACAGAGUGAUACAGGGUGUGCUCAAACAGGAUAUGUUAAAGUUGCAUUCCAACUGUCGGAUGGCCUCUCAUCAUGCUCCCAGGUUUCAUCUCCAGCGUCGUAAGCACAACGUCGCCGCCACUGUCGACAGCAGUGGUGGCAGAAAUGGACUGAGUAACGUUCAGAUAGUUUAAGCCUCACCCGCGCAGUACGCUCCAACAAGCGUGCGUGGGUGGACAAAAGGAGACAGUACAAGUCCGGGUCUGAUCAGUUCAGUGCGCAACAUGGUCAUUUUUUAUAUAAGCAAGUAAGAGGUGAUCAUUGCAAGCCUAAUCCAGAGGUCUGGUUAGGCACAAGCUUUUCAAAACUCCAAACUUUGACAGCUUCACCACUUUAUCAUUACAUACAUGACAUUACCACACAGGAAAAGUUCAUCUUGACUUAACUGUACUGUCUGACAGAUUUAGUUAAAGGUUCAGUCUGUAGGAUUUUGGGGGAUAUUGGCAGAAGUGGAAUAUACUAAAAUAAGCAAGUUUGCUUUAGUGUAUAAUCACCUGAAAAUAAUCAUUGUGUUUUUGUUACCUUAGAAUGAGCCGUUUAUAUCCACAUAGGGAUGGGAUCCACGUCUGCAGAGAUUGCAAUGUUGCACCGCCAUGUUUCUACAGUAGCCCUGAAUGGACUAACCAAAUGUUGGCUCUAUAUAGGACUCUAUAUAGUUAGCAGUCCCUCUGCGACAAGCCAGACAGUGUCAAAAACACUGAUUUGCGAUGCGAAAACUGCUUUACUUAGUGUUUAUACCGGUUUAAAUCACCAGGUCUGUUUGUUUUAGAGAGUGAAAAACCUCUGCAGAUCAUUUGGCUCACGGUAAAAAUCUUAUGUACAUCUGGAUUUUAAGUUCUCAGAGAAAAACGGUGGCUAGCACCCGGUCUCCAACAUGCCAAAAAGCAUCAGCGAAACACUAAUUUGUAAUGUGAAACUGAUUUUUUUUUUUUUUAUUUAUUUAUUUAUUUUUUUUUUACCGGUUUUAAUCACCUGGUCUGUUUUGGAGACAGAUAGCUGUGGAUAAUUUAGCUCAGAGUAAAAACCUGAGGGAAUUCAAACCACAAGUUUUAGCUGGUUGCAGUUUGCAAUCCUCACCACUAGAUGCUACUAAAUCCCCCUUAAUCCUGCACUGUUCCUUUCAGCAAUAUACAAUAUCCAAAGGUCCAGAGUGCCUUUACAAACAUGCCAUAUUCCAAUUAUAACAGCUGUUUUCCUCCAAUACAAGAAUCAUGUAAAACCUGCAGACCUUAAGCUGUUUACCAACCAGACGGGAGAUAUUUUACAAUGGAUGAUGUCAGUCGCCUUUUAUAUUAAAAGGCGGCAGAUUGGUUACGAUGUGGGCAUAGCAUCGUAGUAGUGUGUGGUGCGUGUAUGUCAUCUCAUUUCAAAGGUUAAAUUAUGAAAUAUUUAUUUUUUCUGGCUAACAUUUUGUCCAACUUUGAUAGCCCUGAGAUCAUUUGUAAGUGAAGGGAAAUAUUUUGGCACCAGCAAAGAAAACAUUUAGAUUAUGUCGCAUACAUUUAGACACCACAUUGAUUUUUAUUUAGCACUUACACCCCUUGAGUCUUGGAUUAAGCUUGCAAUGCACUGAGGAUUAGGUUUGUCGUACGUGUCCAAAGAAAGUGGCACCUGUUUCUGAUAAACUGAUUUUUGUAGUGCUGUUUUUUGUUUCUUCUUUUUUCUUUAAAGCAACACUACAUCCUUCAACACUGUAUGAAGCCUCUCAUAACUGCCCUGUCUGCUCGGUUGUUUUGGGGAAACCUGCACCAGCGACCUGUCACUCUAGCUGUGAUGUUUGAAUCUGUUCAAUUUACAAAUUACCCUUAUGGAGUUAUGGUGAAACUGGAAGGCAAGUGAAUUGUUGAUAAUCAAGACACCAAAUGAUUUAUUUUUUACCCAAUUAUAGUAUAUUUUGAAUCAUUUCUAACCCUUAGUCUAUUUUGUGGUUUGAGAAGAUUAUGGCAUUUAAUAUAUACACAUUGAGUUUGUUUUAGAAUAUUGAGUGUGCACAAUUUUACAGAGAGCUCUGAAGUUGAAAUUUUAGUCUCAGUUUCCCCCUCAGCUAACAUCCUCCAACAGUUUUCACAUUGUGACAUGUAUAGACUGACCCUGCUUGCUUGGUAGACAUUUUAUUACACAUUUUUAAAGAUUUCUCUGACAGGCUGUCCACACUGUUGUGUAAUUGUUGGUUUUCAAUAAACAUUCACUGAACCUGA